UUUAGUGCAUGAAAAGUUGGCCAGCCCUUCCAGAAUGGCUCUAUAUAUGAUCUUCUGACCUUCCCAAUAGCCGCAGCAAUCUUCCUUUUACCAUUCUAUAAUUUCCACUGCAGAAAAAAUCAGAGUUUCAAACAAGAAACAAUCAUGAAGGUCGAUGUCAUUAGCCGAAAGCUGAUAAAGCCAUGCAAACCAACUCCCUCAGACCUCCGCACCCACAAGAUAUCUAUAAUAGACGAACUCAACCCAUCAAUGCAUGUGAUUCGCAUCCUCUAUUUUGAAUCUGAUCAUGCUGUUAAUGGCAAGCAUAUAAUCUCCUUAGAAGAAUCACUGUCCCAAGUUUUACCCCUUUUUUACCCAUUGGCGGGACGAUACAACAAGGAAAAACACUGUGUUGAGUGCAACGAUGAAGGUGCGGAGUUCUCAGUAGCAGAAGUCGACUGCUCACUCCAUCAGUUCAUUGGCGCUGAGGUGAAAUCCGAGCAGAUCAACCACCUCCUCCCACUAGAAAUAGGCGCAACUGACGAGCCGACCGACCCAAUGCUAGCAGUCCAGAUCAACAAGUUUCAUUGCGGGGGCCUGGCCGUCAGCAUAUGCGCUUCACACAGGAUUUUCGAUUCAUGCUCACUAGGCAUAUUACUCAUGGCCUGGGCCAACGCUUCUACGGAUGGGGGAUUGGUAAUUUGUCCCGAUUUCACUCUCCCUUCUAUAUACUUCCCGUCGGAGAACAAGGCACCACUUCAAUUUGAGGUGUCGAGAACUCGGGACAAACGUAUUGUGAGCAGGAGGUUUGUGUUCGACAAGAAUGCCAUAUCCAAACUGCGGGAGAGCAUAAGUACUGAAUGGAAAUCAACUGGAACCGAACGCCCGCCAUCCAGGGUGGUAGUGGUUUCUACAAUACUAACCCAGGCUCUUUUGCGUGCGGACAGGGCAAAACAUGGGAAGUCGAGAGCCUCGCUGAUUGCGCAGGCAAUCAACGUCAGAGAACGGACUGUUCCGCCUGUGCCGAAGUAUUCUUGUGGAACGUGGGUUUCCUUAUCAUACUUGGAUUGGACUUCAAACCAAAGCAAUGAAAUGCAACAGAAUUAUCUUGGCAUGGUUCUAAAGAUGCGGGAGGCCAUUGUUCAGGGAGUCAAAGACUGUGCAAGAAUAUUGAGUGACAGAGAGUUUGGAAAAUGGGUUUUGGUUGAUAGUUAUUUCGAUGCAGCUCAAAAGGCCUCUGGACCUGAUUACAAGGUCAUAUGGGUGACUGAUUGGUCUAAAUUCGGAGAGUAUGAACUUGAUUUUGGAUUCGGGAAACCCGUGUGGGUAUGCUUGGCCGAUGUGCCGCUUCGAGAUCUUAUCAUUCUAAUGAACACCAAAGACAACGAUGGGAUUGAAGCGUGGGUUUACUUGCAUGAGUCGGACAUGGCGUAUUUCGAACGGGAUGAGGAUCUUCGAAUGCUUACAACACAGUCAUCAGGCUAAAAGAUCUGGACCAAAAUUCCAUCAGUCUUUGAAGUUCUAUUUUCUUCGAUGUCAAUAAGCAGCUUAUUACUGCAAUAAGUUUACUUGAUAAAGCACUUCUCUAUGAGAUGUUGCAUGUUUCCAUGAUUUGUCGUAAUUGCUUUGUUUAUUGCGUGAGUUUGAUGAUUAUCUUGUGAUGUGGUUGUGUAUCAAAUAAUGUCAAAUCUCUUAAUUAGUCUCUCA